CAUCGGUCGGUGCCACACGCAAGCACGCCGGCCGGCUGACUGUGAUAUUUAAAUACGAUUUUAAAAUUCGAAUCAAUUCUACCAAUUAUUAUUUCAAAACUUUUUCUUUAUUCUAAGUGUACUUAAAUCGCGUGUUUCUUUUUGAGGUUAAGCAUAAACAUACCUGUGUGUGUGAAUUAGGACGUGAUAUUCUCGAACAAUUUUAUAUAAAAUCCACAAAAGAAAUGGAACAGAGGAAAGAAAUCAAUCUAGACUCAGUACUCGAGAGCCUGCGACCGUACGGACGUUACAAUCUAUUGAAUUUCGUGCUUCUCCUGUUCCCGGUACUACUGAGCAGUUUCUACGAAUGCGGAUUCAUCUUCGAAGCGCAGGAACAGACGUACAGAUGCAAAGUGUUUGGCUGUGAUGGAAGAUACAAUGACACUUCUUGGGUUGAAUACGCAAUACCAAAAAAUAAAGAAAAGGAUCGACCGGAUUCCUGCAAACGAUACGUACCGUUAAACGUCACGGAUUUCCAAUGUACGCCUGAACAGUUCUCCAAUGAAACCAUGCCUUGUGAUGCCUAUAUAUAUGAACAGAGUCAGUCCCUAGUCGAAGAGUUUAAUUUAGGCUGUCAAGAAUGGAAAAGAGCACUCGUUGGAACAGUGCACAAUUCCGGCAUGUUCGCAGCAAUGCUUGUGACUGGAGCUAUAUCUGAUAGAUUUGGUCGCAGAGUUGCUGUUGGCAUGGCAGCUACGGCCAGUUUCAUAUUUGGAAUAGCGAGGGCAUUCGCUCCAGGAUAUCUAUCAUAUUUGACCUUGCACUUCUUGGAAGCUGGCUUCGGAGGUGGAUUAUAUCCAUCUGCAUACGUUUUUGCGGUAGAGCUGGUCGGCCUCAAACAACGGGUGAUUGUAUCAGCCAUGUGCAAUAUGACAUUCGUCGUCGGCGUCGUUCUUAUCGCCAUGCUGGCCUGGUUCGUUAACAACUGGAGAACCUACAUCCUCAUUCUGUACAGCCCCGCAAUCAUCGUUGGAGUCUACGUCUGGUUCAUGAACGAAAGCGCAAGAUGGCUGCUCAGCAAAGGGAAAAAAGACCAAGCGAUUAAAACACUAAAGCGAGCUGCAAAAAUAAAUAACCUCGACCCACGGAAUUUAGAACUAGAUUCUUUAAGUGAUCCGUUACUGAAAUCAGAUAAUCAGACGGUCGAUAAGAAGUCACAGUUUUCAAAGGCGCUACGUUCAAGCAUAAUUUGGAAGAGAUUAUUGAUAUGUUCGUUUCUUUGGCUGACUUGUUCGUUGGUUUAUUACGGUCUUUCGAUAAACUCGGUGUCGUUGAGUGGUAAUAAAUACGUGAGCUUCAUGUUGGUGGUGUUGGUUGAAAUACCCGCGUACAUCGUGGUCGUUAUCGUGUUGGAUAAAUACGGUCGGAAAAAGACAAUGAUCACUACGUAUUUGACGUGCGCCGCAACGAGCUUACUGUUCGCUUUUUUGCCGAGAUCGGAUUGGUGGUCCAUCCCGCUAUAUCUCAUUGGCAAGUGGAGCGUCACUCUCACGUACAGCUCCGUGUACAUCUACGUGUCUGAAGUGUUCCCGACCAACAUGAGGCAGACCCUUAUCAGCGUGUGCUCGACGGCUGGAAGAAUCGGAUCACUGAUUGCACCGUUGACGCCAUUGCUGUCGGUAUAUCACAGAUCGAUGCCAACCGUCAUAUUCGGUGCUAUGUGUUUCUUAUCAAGUCUCUUGGUCAUUAUGCUGCCAGAAACAAGAAACAUGAGGCUACCCGACACAAUCGAAGAGGCUGAAGAACUAUCUCGAAUGAAAAGCAAAACGGACACGUCAUAGAAAAUAUAAACGGCGCCUUUAUGAGCAUUCUGUAUAUAAUAAGGCCGAAAGCGUCCUUGUAAAUUGUAUUUUUUAUAAAAAAUUUAGAUGUAUAAAACAUGAUCGCAAAUAAACUAUCAUAUUCUGUGCAUUUCAAAAACUUAAAAAAAAAUAUUCGUAUAUUAUCGUAUAUUUGUUAUUAUCAAAUCUAUUUAACUCAAAUAAUGCACUAAAAGUAUCACUUUCAAAUACCAUGACUUUAUUACACGUUCAAACCAUACAGAACUCACUAAAACCUCUUUUUAUAGUUUUUUUUUUUUAUAAAAUAAUCAAAGCACGAGACCCACUGCAUAAAACCUAUAAUGUUUAGUUUAACUACUUUAGUUACAAGGCGUAUCUUUUUAAUAAGUUUUUGAGUGGCAUUUUUAUGUUUUCUUUACGUUCGUCAUAAAACUGACAAUGGUCACAGAAUUAUACCACUGUGACACAAUAUAUCCUUUAUUACGGAUACAAUGUUACGUCUUUUGAUAAUAAUGAAUAAGUCUCAAUACUUAAAACAACAGUUCUUGUAAUGUAACCUGAGUAGAUAAAACUUUAAUGACUUAACGUAUAAAUGCGAACGUCAUACAUGUAAACUGAUUUAUUAUAUUAAUAAAUUAAAAUUAUAUACUCAUAAAACAAUGAUUGCAUUACCGUUUUCCAUUAGCUUAUGUACAAUUAUCUUAAGACAAAAAUCGUUGAAAUUUCGACCUCUUUUAAGACACAUAUUCCAUAUCGACUCCUUAAAAGUUGAAGUCAUCACAGAAUAUAAACGAAUAAUUCCUAUACAAUGUAUAUCUGUGUGACAAAAGGAUUUCUUAAAUCUCUCUUACUUGAAUCUAACUUAUUGCUAUAUUAUUAUGAUUCUUACGUGAUAGAAGUUCGAAUAACGUUUAAUAAAAUUAUUAUUGGCAUUUUUUCAGCUGACUGUAUAAAUUAAAAAAAAAACUUUGACAGAUAACUUUUUUUUCUAAAACUGUUAAUAUUCAUUUAAAUUUCUAAGUGUCAAAAUGCAUUUUAAAAAUAAGCAUAAUUACAAUAAGAAUUAUAUUCUUAGUAUGUAGUAUUAAGCCAUUUAUUCGCGAAGUUAAGCUUCUUUGGCCGAGAUGACAAUAAAAUUUCAAUGUCAUCAAAUGUAACGUUUGAGUAAACUACUUUAUGUCGCGAAGACGUUUUAUAAUACAGAUUUUUUGUAUAAAAAAUACUUCCGAUUCGGAAUAUUUUUAACUGGUAACCUUAAAUAAUGUUAAUGCUAUAAAAACAUGUAAUCAUGUAGAUUACAUAUUUCAAAUUAAUGUUAUAAUUAAAUAACAUUCAUAGUAAAGUUAAAUGUACUAUAAUUCGAAUGUAAAACAUAAUUUCACACAAAAAUACACAUUGAAUAGAUUAAUAAUGGAUUAAAUAUACGAUUGACCUUAAGGCUACCCGUAGAUAAUUAAUUGUAAGCUUAAAGAAACUGAUCAUGGUCCUAUUACCUAUUAUAAUAUAUAUAAACAUCUAACAUAGACACAUUGAUACGGUUUUAUAACGUUACGAAGGAUAUCAUAACGUUUCAAUGGAAUUUCAAAAGUUUAAUGAAGUUUUUGUCUCUGUGUAAGUAAGUUAGAAAUAAUAUUUUCAUAUCAAAUGUACUUAGUUAUGUACUCAAUCUGAAAAAAAUAAUUACUUUUAUAAAUAGUUAUAAAUACCUACUUCACAACAAACCAACUUUAACAAAUCCGAUAUCAUUAUAUUAAAUUUGCAUUUUAAUUAU